AUGAUAAAAUAAGUUUUAUGCGCAUGUCUAUAAUUGGCAUGUAUAGCUGUAGAAGAUGGCCGUUAUUUUUAAUAUAUGGAAGUAAUUAUUAAUAUGAUGGAAACAAUAGAUUGACAGAGAUGAAUUUGGCAAAACUUUGAUAGAUACAUUGACCCUUAAUAAAUCUGGUGGACAUUCAUGAAUAAAAUGGGUAUGAAUAAGAAAUGAAUGAAAAUUCAUAUGUUAUUUCUGUGAUUUCUGAAGUUAAAAAGAAAUUCACUUU